ACAAAGAAAGAGAAAGAGAUUCCAUUUCAAUCUUAGGCUUUAGGUGGUGCUAUAAAUAAAUGCAAUAUAAUACAUACUAUAAUACCAUAUUAUUAUAGCUAAAACAAGCCCUUUAUAUGUCUUCCUAUAUAAAUCAUCCACUUGGUGCAACUUCUUCUAAUCAAGGUACUUUCCCACACUUUAACAUUCCCAAGAGAGAAAAGAAAAGAAAAGAAAAAAGUGUGCGAGAGCUGAGGGAAAUAUGGAGCUUAAUGAGCAUUUUUUAGAAGAGUUGCUAGCCCUUAGAAGAGAAAGUAGUUGGGAAACCAAUAAUAUUUCCACAGAAAUGAAUGAGAUUUUUUCCAAUGUUUGGGGUUUUGAUUACUAUGAUCAAAAUCUUGUUUCUUCCUCUAUUAAUCCAAGCUCUUCUUGUUGCCAAGAAUUUUCUCCUCCUCUUGAACCACAAAACUUCAACAACAAUUACUACUUCAAUGAAGUUUACUGUCCUUUGGUAGAUGAAUUCUCAGCUCCACACUUCACUGAUUCAUCUUACAAUAAUACCCUCGAUGAUAAUACACCCACUUUACCCAUUCAAGAAGAUUAUCCAUUGUCAAAAAUGGAGGAAGAAGAACUGGGUAUUCUUGGGGAUGAAAUCCACAAUUUGGAAACACAAGCUUCCUGUAAAACUGAGCCAGUUCAAUCCCCUGAUCAAAUCCCAAUUUUCAAUAUGGGUAUUUCUUUGGAGAGAAAGAAUAGAGCAAAGAAGAUUCAGGGCCAACCAUCAAAGAAUCUUAUGGCAGAGAGAAGAAGAAGGAAGAGAUUGAAUGAUAGACUUUCCAUGCUAAGAUCAAUUGUUCCAAAGAUAAGCAAGAUGGAUAGGACAUCUAUACUUGGAGAUACAAUAGAUUACAUGAAAGAACUCCUAGAGAGAAUCAACAAUUUGCAGCAAGAAAUUGAAGAAGCUGGUUCAAAUAAUUUGAACAUGAUGGGUCUUUUCAAGGAUGUAAAACCAAAUCAUGAACUUCUAGUCAGAAACUCACCAAAGUUUGAUGUGGAAAGGAGGAAUGUGGAUACCAGAGUUGAGAUUUGCUGCUCAGGAAAACCAGGAUUGCUGUUCUCUACUUUGACUACUUUAGAAGCACUGGGCCUUGAGAUUCAACAGUGUGUUAUUAGCUGUUUCAAUGAUUUUGCAAUGCAAGCUUCUUGCUCUGAGGAUUUGGAGCAGAGUCCUGUAAUUAGCCCUGAAGAUAUAAAGGAAGCAUUAUUUAGGAAUGCAGGAUAUGGAGGAAGAUGCUUGUGAGCGUAAAAAGGGAGAGGAAACAUAAGAAUUUGUGGUGAAAAAAAAAUUUCAAGAGACGGUUUCUUCUUCUCUUUUCUUUUAAUUUUUUUUUUAUUUUACAAAUCUCUGUAUUUUCAAUGAGGUUUGAAAUUGAGAAGGUUGUAGUAAUUUCUUUCUUUAUUGAAUAAUGUUGCAUCUUUUCAUCAAGAACUUAAUGUAACACUCAUUUGGUUCAGUUAAUUGGAGGAUUUUUGUUGAAAUAAAA